AUGGGCAAAAUAUUUUGGAAAGAUUGGCAUUUGCGAACUCAAAUCUGCAUGGUUUAAUUUCUUAUUUCUAUUCUUACGAUUGGCUUAAUUGCCAUCUCAACCUAUUCUUUUAUGUUUUAUAUUUCCGAAUUUUAUAUGGAGGCUUCAGAUCACGUUUUUUAAAAGGAAUAUGGUAAAUGGACUAAAAUUAUGAUGUCACAUAACAUUCAUAGAGUAUAAUAAACGUUAUUCAGAAGUCAAUAACAAAUUGUUAAAGCGAAUACUCUUUACUAAAUGACUCAGUAACUAAUAUAGGGCACCUUCUCGUAACCAACUCAAUGUCUAAAUUAAUUACAACUAAUGGAUUAGUAUGCUUACAGUGCCUCUUUUUGUUAUAUGAUCUAUAAAGACACUAAAUCAAAUAAAAUACUGUAAAAUCUCAAAAAUCUCUGUGUAUUUUUGACAGAAAGUGUGCUUAUUGUUGAUUAAGAUUUUGACAUCAUGAUAGCAUCAUCAAAUGAUAUUCAUUUUUUCUCAGUUUGGCCGGGCUCGUAUUUAUCCUCUGACUACAACCCUCAAGAGAGAAUUUGGUAUCAGUAACAUUUAGAAUAAUUGGCCUAGCAUAACUAUACUAAUAAUUCAACAUAUUAUAGUGAGCCUCACGUCCAUUGGACUUGGAAACUCUUAAUGAUUGCUCAAACUAAAAGCUUAGUAAACAUUGAUGGGUCGCUUGAUGGAGUAAUAGCUUCUCAUGUGAAUUUCACCUAAUUUAAUUAUUCUGAUGAUUAGGUAAGCUUUACUAUAAUAAAUCCAACAGGCAGAAUACUCCUGAGUUCCUUGAAUAUUAGUGAAAAUUCAAACAUUUAUGAUUAUAAUAUAACAAAUCUAGGUUAUCAAGAUUACUAGUAGAUAUUAAAUCAAGCCCAAGGGAAAAGCACAUAAAGUAAUUGUGAUUCUACUGUAUGGAAUGAUUAUGGAUAUUUGUGUAGAAAAACUUAUAAUUAAAAAGAAGAGGAACUAAUAAGCACCAAAAACAUAGAAGAAGCAGGCUUGAUUUUUAUUAUGUAAAGCAAACUGUCCAAAUACCAGAUCGAAUUUAAGAAUAUGUUUAAUACUUUCUAAUCACAGUUAAACAGCAUAUUUGUAGGAACAAUCUUAGGUUUCUUUCUUUAUAUGAUGUCCUCUCUCAUUAUCACAACCAGCGUAGUAAUAUUUUUAUUUAAUCCCAUUAUUAAAAUCAUUAACUAUACCUCAUAGCAAUUAUUCAAAGAUAGUCUCAAUAAAAAACAUUUUCUUAAAUAACAUAAGCAUUUUUCAUUUUUUGAAAAAUUUUCAAAUUCUUAAUUAUUGAAUGAUUUACAAGAAUCAUUUAACAGACUAAUCCACAUUAAAACAGCUAAUAAUAAAUCGACUAUUUGUCAUAUCAUUGAAGGCUUUAAAUAUCCAUUAAAGAGAUGGAAAUUAUAAACAAGGAAAAAAAAAUAAAUUACAAAUCUAAAUGUUUAAUUGCAAGAUAAUAUUUAAAAUGAAGAAGCCAACUAGCUUUAGAUAUCAAUUAUAAAGCAACUAAUGAUAUCAGAAUUAAAAAUUAAUGGCUGUUUCUGA